AUGCCACCCGUGCAACGCCCCAUCAGCAACCUCCUCAUCGCCAACCGCGGCGAGAUCGCGGUCCGCAUCUUGCAAGCCGCCGCGGAACUCCCCUCACCACCCACCACCUACGCCCUCUACACCGAAUCCGACAGCACACAUGUCUCGCUCGGCCGCCCUCACCACGCCGUCAAGCUGCCCUCGCCUGCGGCGUACAUGGACAUCGAUGCGCUGAUCAUGAUCGUCCAGGAGCACCGCAUCGACGCCGUGCAUCCCGGCUAUGGCUUCCUCAGCGAGAGUGCGGACUUCAGUCGGCGGAUGUGGGAGGAGGCCGGGUGUGUGGUCGUAGGGCCUGGCUGGGAAGUGCUGGACCGCACAGGCGACAAGUUGAAGGCCAAGGCUUUGGCGGCCGAGUGCAAGGUGCCGGUGUUGAAGGCUAUGACCACGCCGUCUGGCAGUGUGGGAGAUGUGGAGGCUUUUGCCAGGAGUGUGGGAUUGCCGAUCAUGGUUAAGGCGGUGGAUGGUGGGGGUGGACGAGGCAUCAGAUUGGUGAGAAGCGAAGGGGAGCUGCGCACUGCAGUGGAGAGAUGCAUCGGCGAGAGUCCCAGCAGAACCGUCUUUGCCGAGCAGGCGGCCGUCGAGGGAUUCAAGCAUGUUGAGGUGCAGAUCCUUGGGGACGGCCGUGGCGGCGUAAAGCACCUGUGGGAGCGGGACUGCAGCGUCCAGCGGCGGUAUCAGAAGAUUGUGGAGGUGGCACCGGCACCCCAGGAGAGUGUGAGUCGAAAGAUCGUUGCCAAAGUGGUGGACGCUGCCGUCAAGAUGGCAAAACGGUUGCGGUACCUCGGACUCGGCACGUGGGAGUUCUUGGUCAAUUCUCAGGCUCGGCAGUUCUACUUUCUCGAGAUCAAUCCGAGGCUGCAGGUCGAGCAUACCAUCUCGGAAGAGGUGGCAGGUGUGGACCUGGUACGGGAGCAGUUGCUGAUUGCGCAGGGGUUGCAAGAGGAGAACCUCAAGCUGGGCGAAUGGUGGGAGGCUGAGACCGCUCCAGCUAUGGCUUCUAUUCAGCUUCGGUUAUGUGCUGAGGAUCCCAGCAAUAACUUCACGCUCAGUAUGGGCAAGAUCACAGACUUCAAGUUACCCUCUGGCAAUGGGGUUCGGGUUGAUACCCACCUGUCUCGUGGCGGAGCCGUGGGCGCGGACUUUGACAACAUGAUGGCGAAAAUCAUCGUGACGGCCGCCACGUUUCGCGGUGCCGUGGUGAAAGCACGUCGUGCCUUGGCCGAGACCGAAGUUGUGGGCGUGAAGACAAAUCUGACCCUCCUGCGAGCCAUUGUGGCCGACCAGGAGUUUGCCGCUGGAUUGGCCACUACCGAUUGGCUGGAGAGACAGAUGCACGACCUACUACAGACUGGUGAAGCGUUGAGUAAGCAGAUUGAAACGGCCAGCGGCAACUUGCCUAGUCAGUCCCUGGCAGCUAAUGCAGCUUCUGGUAUGGGCGGCUCUUCGGUCAUGCUGCGGAAAGGGGACGCUUGGGACGUCAAACUGCAGAAGGUCGAGCAACCGGCGGCGGAUACCGAGCCGGCUGCUCACCACCUUCGCAUUGACAAGAUCAGCAGAAACGAGUUUCCAGAGGCUCUGGUCGCCCACGUGUCGUUCACAGCCCCUGGUAGCGCCUCACAAGGCUACCGCAUGACGUUGAACAGUACGUCUGCCUCAGCAGACGCUGCAGCGUCAAGCCAUCGUCGUGGCGACCCUGCCAACAAAUCUCAUAUCGUGGUGCCAAUGAGUGGCAAGCUCAUCGAAAUACUUGUGGACGAGGGGGAUGAGAUACAGGAGAAUCAGGUAAUAGGUUUUAUCAAACAGAUGAAGAUGGAGCUAGAAAUCCGGAGCCCGCGUGCCGGAAAGGUCGGAUGGGUUAUCGAAUUGGAGAACGAUGAAGGAGAUGAUGUUGCCGAGGGUGUACUGCUGGCGGAAUUAGCUCCUGAGAGCGACAGCCCCCAGUUGAGGAGUCGACUAUAG